GUGAAACGUGGUGAGAAGGGUUCUGCACCCCCAUAAGAAACAGGUUUGUAAAUGGAGGAGAUGAAGAGGGACCACAGAGAAGAGAAUCCGGCAAGGAACCCCCAAGCUAUGACUUUCGGCUUUGGUUCCACACUGAGAUCAAACUAUGGUUUGAAAUCGUGGUGUCGGCAGAUGUUCUCCGAGGAGAUGGCGCUGUCCACCCCCAUGGGCCUUCUCCGGCGGUUCCUUCUUCUGAAACAAGUGACGGUACUUCUGUCUCCCCGUUGCGCCAUGCUGCCCCUGGUGGUGGGUUGUGUGAUCAGCAUGAAGGCCCUGUCGUUGCUGCGCUCGCCCCACAUCUCAACCAAGCCCUCCAGCGUCUUCCUGCGGCAGCUUGCCCUUGCAGGCCUCCUCCCCCUCCCCUACCUGGCACUGCGGCUGGCGCUGACCACCCUCGACCUCGCUGUGAUGGAGGCUGCUGCGCCGGGAGGGGUGGCCCAGGAGACAGCAGGAAGGUGGGUGUGGUGGUGGCGGAGCUGUGCGGUGCCGUGCGUGUUGGCUGAGAAGCUCCUGGAUGCCCACCUGCUGGCCUCGCUCAUCCUGUUGGGGCUUCUGGGGCUAGAGGGGGUGCUGGUGUCUCGUUGGCCCCUCCAGACGCGCGGGCUCAGGACAGCCCGGUACGCCCAGCUCAGCUGUGGCCUGGUGUGGGUUGUGGUGUUGCUGGAACUACUGCUCCCGGAGGUGGAUUUCAGGUGGACGGCUGGGGUGAUGCCGGUCACCCGGACAGACGAUGUGAGCGUGAGCUAUGGGCUCGCUCUGCCAAACUCCUCCCUCUAUCUGAGGAAGGCUCUUUGGGUGGUGAAUGUAUGGUUUCACUAUUUUGUCAUCUAUUGCAGACCACAAAAGAGAGACGGCUGCUUCCACUAGACUUCCUUUCACUGAGGUGGACAGUUCCAUGAUGUGGUUGUUUUUCAUGUGUUAUUUCAGAAGAGUAUCUAUUGAUAAUCUAAAAUUAGGCUUCAUGGGAGAACCUCUGUGAAUUAAUUGACCCCCUGUUAGAGGGCUGAGCUUAAAGUCAAAAUGUUGACAGGUUCAGAAGUGGCAUUAGAACACUUGCUACGGUCAAGGAGUGGGACCAAAUAUACGUUGCCGUUGAAUGAAGGCAGCAUUGUGCCAAAGGAAAAAUACGUUUUUAAAUUAUUAUUAUUUUUUAAAUAGAUUCCCAAAGAUUUCCCGUAUGUUUCCGUGUGGUUUGAGCUGUUGACAUUACGACUUCAAACCCCCCAAAAAUAAAUCAUGGCAUAUAUAAAUAAAUUCAAGUUCUUCUGGAGAGGCUCUCUAAGCAGUACAGUUUGAGCAAGUGUGCCGAGCAUAGCGCCUCGGAAACUGUGGCAUGGUAAAGUGAGUGUUCAUCCAAAUAAUGUCACACACACACACACACACACACACACACACACACACACACACACACACACACACACACACACACACACACACACACACACACACACACACACACCUCCUCCGAUUUCCCCGCAUACACAAUACUGCCUCCAGCAGCAACGACUGCCAAGAGUAAGUCAAAUGCAUGAAAUACUUGAAGAGUAUU